CAUCAGCGUUGCGGGGCGCUACUGAGUAAACAGAAGAGAUGAUGAUGGACCGUCGGCUUUCUCCCGAAUAGCAAAGCGGCUUUACAACUUUUCCCCCCUUUAACAUUUUAUAUUCAUACAUACAGCUAGCGAGACAGUUUGUGAGGCUUUAGAUAGAGCCGAGCGUUAAAACUCGAACUGUAACGCACUCACAUUAAACACGGCUUUAAUGGUAAUGCAUGCACGGAAACAGCCGAGACUCACUGAUGGGUGUAACGAGCGAAGGGAUUAUCAGUCUUACCAGACCCUCAAAUACCAAUCCAAAAGUCACUCUGCAAACGAGCACCGUCAUGACAAGCUCCACAACUCAUCGGACCAAACUCCACCGAGCAAGAUGCUGCGGCGCUCCGACAGUCCCGACAGCAAGCGAGGAGACGGAGACGGGAGAACACCUCUCGCACACCGAGCCAAAGAGAGCAGCACCAGCUCUUCUCCACACGAGAACUCCGUCAAUCACGGCCAUCACAGCGCCAACUCUCACUCUCUCCCACCCAAAUGUGCAGAAAUGCUCACGUGUCUCUCGGUUUCCACGCGGCGCGCGCGUUUCCUUUUACCCCCCUCCCCAGCGCGAUCCGGCCGACGACUGGUCCGAACACAUCAGCUCGUCGGGAAAGAAAUACUACUACAACUGCAGAACAGAGGUGUCGCAGUGGGAGAAGCCCAAGGAAUGGCUGGAGAGGGAGCAGCGACAGAAGGAAGCCUCUAAGGCCGUCGUGGUCAACAGUUUUCCCAAAGACAGAGAUUACAGACAGGAGGCCAUGCAGGCGGCUGCUGCCAGCGCCGUCACUGCUAUGAAGCCCGUUCCGUCUGAGAAGGCGUCGUCUCAUUGCGGUUUCUCCCAGGCAUCCUGUAGCUCCUCCAGCGGCCCGAACGUCUCGAGCGCCCCCGGCUCGUCCACGUCGCACUCCUCCUCGCACUCCUCGGCUCUCCUGCAGGACCCGGCUCUCCUCAGGCAGCUGCUGCCGGCGCUCCAGGCCACGCUGCACAUCAACAACUCCAGCGUGGACAUGGCCAAGAUUAACGAGGUCCUCACAGCUGCUGUCACCCAAGCUUCCUUACAGUCUAUGCUUCAUAAACUUCUCACUGCUGGACCGUCUGCUUUCAACAUCACUGCUCUGCUUUCCCAAGCCGCUCAGUUGUCCACACAAGCUCAGCAGCCGAGCCAGUCGCCCAUAUCCGUAACUCCGGAUACCUCGUCGCCCAAGUCCUGCCUCGUGUCUCCCCGAGUGAGCACGCCUCAGACGAACAGCAUGGCCUCGAAGCCCCUCUCGAUCGCCAGCUCUUUGCCGUCUCAAAUAAAGGUCAGCGAGUCGGGGGGGAAAUCGGCGCUCCAGCACUCCUCUGAGAAAACGUCGGACGUCGAGGACCCGCGGCUUCAUCGGCAAAACAGCCAAGGCCAAGGUCCUCAGAGUUCAGGGCCGAACGGGUGCCUCUUGAACAACAGCGCGCCUGCGUGUCCACCAACCACCUUCAGCCCGUCACUAGCACUGCACUUCAACGAGAAUCUCGUUCGACACGUCCAGAGCUGGCCUUCAGAUCACGUAGAGAAGCAGGCGGCGAGGUUACGCGAGGACGUCCACAACAUGGGCAGCAUGAACAUGUCCGAGAUCUGCGUGGAGCUGAAGAAGCUGCGCUCUCUGGUGCGAGUGUGUGAGAUCCAGGCUACGCUGCGAGAGCAAAGGUAAACCAUCGCGUCGACUCUUCUUCGCUAGGAUGGAUCCUCUUCUUGAGACAAGAGAUCAAGGAGCUGGAGAAACUGAAGAACCAGAACUCCUUCAUGGUUUGAGAAGCGGUGACGUCGGUUUAAGCAGAAGGAACUCAGCAGCUGGCUGCCUUUUCUGAACCGUGGACCUACAGACUGGACCGGACCGGGCCGGGCCGGGCUUUCUCUCCAAAGCUGGAGAACCAAAAACAAAAAAAAAAUGCUGAGAAAAAUAAAUUUAAAAAAAAAAAAAAGGCUCACCAAGGGUCACGCUGUCCCGCUACACAAAGCCCCGAGGUUCAUUCAUAGAUUCAUCGUUGUACAUACACUUCUCUUUAUCGAGUCAAUAAACAGCAACACAAACACAAUAGGGCGGCAUGCGGGAGAAAGUUCCGGAUUAAAAAAAAAAAAAAGGUUUCUUUAGGAUGAUCUGGGAAGGAACUCCUUUGAAUAAACGGCGUAUUCAUUCGCUCUGUAACUGUCGUCCCGCUCCCAGUCUCGCCGGCUCGCCGUUUAGGAUUUUUCACAAUCCGGUUUCACCAAGAGCGCACGCAUCCGUCGUGGACUCGGACCGGGUAUAUCUGUCCUAAAUAAACAAACGCUGUUUAUCCGUUCAGAGAGGAUCCUGUCUGAUUUACUCGUCAUCUUUAAUGUGCUUCGAUACGGCCUUGGCAUUUUCUACUAAUUUUUAUUUUUAUUUUUAUUUUUUUUUACCUUGUGUAAUAGGUCAGCUGAGGUCAAAACUUUCCCCUUGCCUUUUCCGUUCCAUGUGCUUCUAGUGUAACGUCUCGACACCUUGAAUAUUUUGAUCCGUCUUUCCAUACGGUGAUCGUUUUCCACACGUUCAGGCGUUCGUUAUGAUUUACGACAGCAUUUGCACUAACUGAUUUGAUAUGAACCCACUUUGUGUAUCGAUCUUUAACCCAACGUAUCCGCUGUAAGUACUUAACGAGGCUCAAUCCAUUAAACCUCAUUUUGCCUCUG